UCUCAGAGUUGACAACAAAAACAAAAAAAAAAUUGGUGUUAUGGAUUAGUCAAUGAAAUGAUUGAAGUGGAGUAUUACGAGUAAAAAUCUAGAAUCUAUUAUAGGCAUAGGUCUAGAUCUAGAUGACUCGUGUGUACGAUCUAAAUUAUACUAUAGAUCAAAUAGAGUAGGCACUAUCUAUUUGGAGAAUCAUUUUGCAAGGCAUGAGAGAGAUACACUAAUUAUCUUUGAAAAUGCACACUCAUAACCAGAAUGGUGUUGGAUAAAAAGGUCUGCAUAAAAAAUGCUUCUUAACUUUUAUGAGAGCUAUUUCUAUGUGACUCUGAAUUCAUCUACUUCAAAUUUGUUUGUUACCAUAUUGUCUGACUGCUUGCAACUUAUUCAAGCAGUCAUCAACAUCAUCAAAAUUAUGAUUUAUUUUACAUUUCAAGUUGUGCUGUCUAUUUUCAAUGCUCUAGCUUUCGGCUUUGGAAAAAUAUUUCUCAACACCCUUUACUGGGCUGCAUGGAUUGCAUUUCAUUUUACUUGUGGCAUUUUAGGCUUAGAAGAUAAGUCCACCAGUGCAUUUAGCUGGCUUUUACUGAUGUUUAUUCUGGCUGUGUACUGUGAAAGAAACAAUCAAGAAUUAUUUAGUAAAAUAUUCCGCAUAGUGGUUGUGUACCAUCACAGACUCUUUAACAGGGUAACUAAUCGGAUCAUCAUGAGAAAUACUCUGAAUAUUAGUCAGGAUUUGCUUGACAAUCAAAGAAAUGAGCACAGGGAAAUUGAACCAAUAAAUAGACUUUUAGAAGCUGAAAAUCAAGUGAAUGAGAAUGAAGAAAAUAGUUUGGUUGAGGCAGAUAGGCAUAGAAUAGACAAUGACAAUAGAAGAAAUAUUGAGCGGGAAAAUGGCGUUGAUGAUCAGCGUGCUAAUUUAGAAAACCACCAAAAUGUUCAACGAGAAAUACAUAAUACAAGAAUCAGCCUCGAUAACCGUAGAAACAGCAAUCAGGAACAGCAGAGAUAUUUCCUUCGACAGAGAGGUAGGGAUCAGCAACUUCACAAUGAGAGUCUCGCCAUCUCUCAGCAUGGUGUUAGUGCUGUGGUUUUGCCUGCACUCGCUGCCUAUAACAUGCUGCCUCUAAACAGAAAUGACUUCAUUCUCUCCAGAAGCAACACAGCCAGGCUAAAUAUUUAACUAUUUAUCAUUAUUAUAUUUGUUGGUCAGAGUGGUUAAGUACUUAGUUGCUGAGACUAAUGUUUCAUAUUGCCAAAGCCAAGCGUCUGAAAUUAAAAUCCACAAUGAAGGCUGGGAUUAUUAUAAUAAAGGAAUUUAGAACGUCCCACGUCUAUGUGUCAGCACAGCUCUAAACGGUCUGCUUCCAGUUAGUUAUUCCCUGAAGUCCAAAAGCCAGCUAGUCAUUGUUCUGGUCACAUACCUAUUAGAAAUAAGUAACGUUACAUCAUAGAUCACUAGUUCUUAAGGGAGUAUUUAAUUUACCAUUACCAGAACUUGGUUUAAAAGAUAAUGCUUGUCUUUUUUUAGUCUUAUUUAUUAUUUAUUAAGCUGUCACCAUUUAUUUAAAUACAAUUUUUACUGAACAAACUUUGUAUUUGAGAAAUUUUAUGAACAUAAAGGACCAUUUGCAUUUAACUUUUUUUUAAUACUAAAGCUAAUUUUGUUUCAGUAUACCUUUAUACUGAAUAGGCUGUAAAAUUAAGAAUUUAAAUGAACAUAUCGGAUCGUUGGCAUCUAACAUUGGUGUUCAUAGUAAAGACUUUCCUAACUAUUAUUUGCUAAUGUAAAUUUGUGUUCCUUUAAGCGUGCCAUGUUGCUUAGAUUUAGAGAUUGCAUUCAUGUUUGUUUGGUUGUAUAUUAAUUCUUAUUUGUUUUAUGGUUUAAAAAAUUGAAAGUCUUUCAUUUACUAACACAGGAUUGGUACCACUCUUUUAACCUUGAAACUUUGUUCAAGAAUCAUUGUAAUAAGUUGAAAUGAAACAAACAAAAAAUGUACAUGUGUUUUGUUUCAAAGGUUCUACUUAUUUUGUUAUUAAAAAUUAUUUUUAUUUCACAAAUUACCCAAAUCAAAUAUUAUUUAGACAUUGCUGCUCUGUGUAAGUUUAUUUUUCUUUUAAUGUAAUUAAUUGAUAAAAUUAUCAAUAUAUUCUGAUCUAGAUUUUCAUGCUUUAUUUUUACUUUCUGUUCAAAUUCUAUUUCUAUGCUCAUUGUCUACUUGGAGCCAAAGAAACUUUUUUUGUGUGUCUUUCCAGAUAUUUGGGACAUUAAUACUUUUAAUAAGUAGAAAAGUUCACAAAAUAAUAUUUAUUACAAUGAAAGAUUUUUACAUCCUACCAUGAACCUUAAAAACAAUAAGGAAUCUGGAGGAACAAUUGUAAACUCAUCUAUUUUAAAUGAGAAUGUUAAGUACAUGCAACUCAACCAGUAAUUGUACUUGUUUAGCUUUUUUUGGUGGGUAAAGAAUACCAAACUUGCUUUCACUUUCAACACCAAAAAAUAUAAGAUCAUUACCUUCUUCAAGACCAUUGCUUUUUUUAAUUUUUUUUUUUAUUUAGGGCUUAAAAAAUUAGAACUGAUAUUUUAUUUUUGAAGCAAUAUAUUUGCAAUUUAUAUUCACUUCAGUUGUGACACUCACAUGCUAAAGAAAAAAAAAUGAUAUUAAAAAAAAGUAGACAAUAUGUGUCAAAAGAACUUUUAAAAGGUAUAAAUAACUUUGAAAUUUAUUGUUACUUGUUACUGUAAUGAUACUGAGGAUGGUUGUCUGAAAUACACUUUAAUCUUCCUGAAUUUAAACUUUGCUAGCUGUCAUCCCUUGUUAUUUAUGAUGUUUCGCUACAGAUAAAUUUACAAAAUAAAUUAAACUAUGCAAAUAAGUUAAAUGAAAUGAUAUUGAAUUGAAUCACCAUUAAUGAUAAAAUUUGUCACUGCAAAUAUUCUAAUUUGUCCCAAAAAACACUUUCAAUUCCAUAAUGAGAAUAAACCAACAGUAACUAGCAGUUUAAAAUGAGAAACUUGUUUACAUCGAUUUGUGUUUUCACUUUGAAAUCUUUUCUUUUUUCCACUUCAGAUUUUUUAUAGCCAAUAAUAUAUCUAGAUUCUACAUAUCCACAUAUUUUAUUAAUAUUAUAUAUAUACUUAUCAUUAGCCCUUUUAGAUAUUGUUAGAUAAUGUUCUUGUAGACUAAAUGUUCCUAUUGGCUAUAGGCCAUCUAAAAUGUUAGUAUUUGAAGAAAUAGAGCAGGAUGCACAGAUAUUGCUGUGUAUAAAAGCUCUACUGCGGAGCUAUUAUGCCUCCAACAGCUCUUGCAUAGUGGUGUAAAAACUAUUAUCCCUUCAGAGAGAACACAUUUGUAAUAGAUGAAGACAUUUUUUCUCAUUUCUUAGAGACUUAAAUAGACUUUUUAAGUGGUUGUCAUCCUAAUCAAUCAUUACUGGUAUGAAUACACAUACAACUAGGAUUAAAAUUUUCCUUUUUAAGGAGAUAUUUUUAUUUCAUGCAUUAUUUAUUAGAGCCAUGUAAUUUACUAAAUAUACUAAAUAUUUACUAAAUAAACUAAGUAUUAGUUUAUGGAGUUGUCAUCAUGAUUUCACGAGAAAUACUGCAACUCCCCAUA